AUGCGGCCAACGACACCGAGAUUGAACCAUCUUGCGUUUAAACAGAAACCAUUUGUCACCAGAGGAUCGCCAAUUGAUGGCAGAUUCCUCAUCAAGCAUUUCGACCCAACUCCGAGUCCAACACAUAGCCCUAUCCAAGCGUAUAGAGACCUCCUUCGAGCGCUUUCCUACUUUCCAGAUCCAUACGCACGCGAUCUACUCCGGCGAGAUGCGCGAGAACGAUUCGAAAAGCACAAGCCGGAGAAAAAAGCCCGCCUAAGUCAUCGGCUGCAAAAAGCCUACAAGAUCAUCAAAUGCGUCGAACGUGCAAACCAGGGGAUCCGGGAGGACCUGGAGACGGUCCUCAAUAAUGCAUAUGGCAAGAGAGGCAGACGAAGAAGAGUGUUACUAGGUCAGCUGCUAAAGCCCGAGCCGGAUGAUGUACUGCAAGACAGAGGAGCUCUCCAAGCUAUUAUGGAUGACACUCUUGGAGACAAGCCGCCAUCGCCGGCGGCAUUACGGUUUACGCCGCCCGCCAAAUGCAAGGCUAUGAUCGCAAGCUUUCAACGUCAUAUACCUACAGAAUUCCAGAGAGGCAAGAGGCGUCCUGCAAAGCCCGUUUUGAAGAUGCCCAAAAAUCUUUGGGGCCGGGACAUGCCCUUGAAGAGGCACGCAGCUAUCAAGCGGGAGUGGUGGGCGUUGACAUUGGAAAAGCUUUAUCCACCACUUCCAGAACAUGAAUGGGAUCGUCUUCGAGACCUGACGACCGGCAAGAUACGUCUCGAGCCAGUGCCUAGGAGACGGCGACCGGUAAAUAGGGGUUCGUUUGGGCCCGAAGGGGACAACAUGGUUGUGAAGCAUUUGUUAAAUCCUGCGAAAGCCAACGGCAACCUCAAAUUCGAUGAAAGCCGGGGACUUUUGGUGGACACCAAGGGAGAACCUGAGUCGUGGACACCGGGCCUAAAUUAUCAGCGUAGUAUGAGAAGAUUGUAUGGGUCUAUCUGGCAGCUCAGUGCGAAGAUGCAUCGAGAUCCUACGAGCAAGGAAUGGGUUGUCGAAUGGGGAGACAGAAUGACAAUCACCAAUUAUAAAGAAUUUUCAUUACCUACCCUCGAGGAGGAGAGGGUGAUGAAGGAGAUUGGAUGGGAAGGACCACCAGAAGAAGAUCCAGAGCCGCCGCCGAAGACAAGGAAGAACCGGAGGGAAAGGAAACUGGACGAGAAGAAGACGGCCAGUAUAGAUGAACAGUUACCGCCAAAUGAGAAAAAGGCGAUUGUAGAGGAACCGUUACCGUCAAACGAGAACACGGCAAGCAUAGAUGAGCAGCUGCCGGUUGUGAGCGAAGCCGAACCACGUUCUCACCCCAGAAUUCCCCAGGAAUAG